CAUCUCUCUCUCCCACCUUCUUUCGUGUGGAAUUUGCUUGCGCUAACCAUAGCUUCUCUCCAAGAUCUGGAAGGAAGAAACUUUUUCUCUUAAUUUCAGAGCCUUAACCUUAAUACAAGAAACAGUUUGUUUGUUCCUCAAAAAGGGAGAAAUGCCGUUAAUCUGCGGGGCUGUGCUUGCUUGCGUUCAUCCUCCAUUUCCUGCUUGCAAUGUGGCUGCAAGAAAAGAUUAAAAGGGCCUCUCUCGUUUAGGUCGGGGUGCUAGGAAGUAGGGAAACACCUUUCUCUCUUCUUUUGGUAGGAAAAAGAUGGCGCCUUUGAUGGGACAAGCCAUCUUUGCUGAUCCCUAGCACUUGUUUAUUCCAAAGUGGGGGGAGUGAUGGUCGAUAGAUCUGUAGAGACAGUAGAGUUGUAUGAUUGCGGUUAGUGGGCGGUUGGACAGGUUCAGUGUUUUCGACAUUAGCUUUUGUGAUGAUGCCUUUCUUUUGAGCGAGUUAGAUGGAUAAAAUCAGUGGGUGGCUUCGGUUGUGACUUGUGAGGAGUGAGUCUCGUUGUAGUGGACCUGUGGGAGGUUGAUGGAUCUGCGUGUGCAGAUUCUGAAGGCAAGUGUCAACACCAAGCUUAUAAAUCUUUGAUUGGUCAGUAGUUCUUUCUGCAAUCUGGUCUGAUAUAUAUACGUAUCAGUUGUGGGAGCAAUGGCUUCAAAGGCAAUGCCUCGAGCGCCCCCUGCAGCUCCCAACUUACAGUCACUGAAACUGUGUUCUCAGAAUGAUUCUUCUUUGGAGACAACCAGUCCGAGUAAACGAAGUGCAUUGGUGCCAGGAAGGUCAGCUGAAUCAAGCAAACCGAAUCCCGAAGUGGUGCAAAAGGAGCAGAAAUCAACUCAGCAUCAAAAUGAGUCCAUUGAUCUUACGGGUAGCAAUGAUCCUGCAGAAGUAAAGGCUGAGGGUAACCUGGUUCCAAAGCGUCUUGCAGAUGAGGAAAAGGGUGUUGUGGAGGAUGGAAUUGCGAACGGAAGCUUGAAAUCAUCUUCAGCUUUAGGAAAGGAGCAUGGUAUAGCAAGUGCAAGUGGAAGUGCCAGGUUGGUUGGGAGAUCUGAGACUGGAGAAAGAGGUUUCAGUAGCAGCAGAUGCAGGCCAAGCACAAGCAGUGAUGUCAGUGAUGAAAGCGCUUGCAGCAGCAUUAGUAGCGUCACCAAGCCUCACAAGGCGAAUGAUUCACGAUGGGAGGCAAUCCAGAUGAUCAGGACUAGGGAUGGAAUCCUUGGCCUGAGUCAUUUUAAGCUAUUGAAGAAGCUAGGUUGUGGUGAUAUCGGCAGUGUGUACCUUUCAGAACUGAGUGGAACGAAGAGCUAUUUUGCGAUGAAGGUUAUGGACAAGGCAUCACUUGCAAGCCGCAAGAAAUUGCUUCGAGCCCAGACUGAGAAGGAAAUCUUGCAGUGCCUGGAUCAUCCUUUUCUUCCAACGUUAUAUACCCAUUUUGAGACUGAUAAGUUCUCAUGCCUGGUUAUGGAGUUUUGCCCUGGUGGAGACCUGCAUACUCUUCGACAAAGGCAGCGUGGCAAGUAUUUUCCAGAACAAGCUGUCAAAUUCUAUGUGGCAGAAAUACUCCUUGCUAUGGAGUACUUGCACAUGCUUGGUAUCAUAUAUCGUGAUCUGAAGCCGGAAAAUGUCCUUGUCCGUGAGGAUGGACACAUCAUGCUAUCUGACUUUGACCUCUCCCUGCGCUGUGCAGUGAGCCCAACACUGAUCAGAUCAUCUAACCCUGAUGCAGAAGCACUUCGGAAGAACAACCAGGCCUAUUGUGUUCAACCUGCUUGUGUGGAGCCAUCCUGCAUGAUUCAGCCAUCGUGUGCCACUCCCACAACAUGCUUUGGUCCCCGAUUUUUCUCCAAGUCAAAGAAGGAUCGAAAACCAAAGCCUGAAGUUGUCAAUCAGGUCAGCCCAUGGCCUGAGCUCAUAGCGGAACCUAGUGAUGCACGCUCAAUGUCAUUUGUUGGUACACAUGAGUACUUGGCCCCUGAGAUUAUCAAAGGCGAGGGUCAUGGUAGUGCCGUUGACUGGUGGACCUUUGGCAUAUUCUUGUAUGAGCUUCUGUUUGGAAAAACACCUUUCAAAGGGUCAGGAAACCGUGCAACACUGUUCAACGUCAUUGGCCAGCCGCUGCGCUUCCCUGAAUACCCGGUUGUGAGCUUCUCGGCAAGAGAUCUAAUUAGGGGCCUGCUCGUCAAGGAGCCCCAACAAAGAUUGGGUUGUAAGCGUGGUGCCACUGAGAUAAAACAGCAUCCAUUUUUUGAGGGUGUGAACUGGGCAUUGAUACGCUGCGCAAGCCCUCCAGAGGUUCCCAGGCCUGUUGAGAUUGAGAGGCCUCCAAAGCAACCUGUUUCAACAUCGGAGCCUGCUGCUGCCCCUUCUGAUGCUGCCCAGAAAAGCAGUGAUAGCUAUCUAGAAUUCGAUUUCUUUUAGGACUCAAUAAUUUUUUUUUCCAUUUGUUUGCAUCAUCUUGAGUAGGGUUUUCACAUGUAGUGUCUUGCAGAUUAGUAUGUAGAUUUUUUUUGUUUCUGUCAACAUGUCCUGUUUUUCUUGAAGUAAACUUAUUGGCAUUCAGAUUUAUAUUUCUCAGCAAAGAUCUGAAAUGGUUAAUCUUCAAGUGAGUCAAAGAAAGGCCGCCACUUUUUGGCUUGUGCAGUGCUAGCUCAGUUUUGUGUACCCUAUAUUUCUCAUAGUAAUUAGUACUCAGCAGUUGUUCUGUUACAGUGUUA